UGUUUCCUUCCGGACACAUUUACCCUGCGCACCAGAAGAAAGAAGCGCCGUAUUCUCACAUUUUCUGCAGUGUGGCCGCACAGAUGGCGAGCACAAAGGUUCCAGAGGUCCGUGACAUCACGAGGAUUGAGAGAAUUGGAGCACACUCUCACAUUCGGGGCCUCGGUUUGGAUGAUGCAUUAGAACCAAGACAGGUGUCUCAGGGGAUGGUUGGCCAGCUGGCCUCUCGUCGGGCAGCGGGGGUCAUCCUGGAGAUGAUCAAAGAUGGUCACAUCGCUGGCAGAGCUGUCCUGAUCGCUGGCCAACCUGGCACAGGAAAGACUGCCAUUGCUAUGGGCAUUGCUCAGUCUCUUGGCCCUGAUACACCCUUCACAGCGCUGGCCGGCAGCGAAAUCUUCUCACUGGAAAUGAGCAAGACUGAGGCCCUCAGCCAAGCUUUUAGGAAAGCCAUCGGAGUGAGGAUCAAAGAGGAGACAGAGAUUAUUGAAGGAGAGGUGGUGGAAAUCCAGAUUGAUAGACCAGCCACUGGAACGGGGGCCAAAGUGGGCAAGCUGACCCUGAAGACAACAGAGAUGGAGACAAUAUAUGACCUGGGCAACAAGAUGAUUGAGUGUCUCAGUAAAGAGAAGGUUCAAGCAGGGGAUGUAAUCACUAUCGACAAAGCCACAGGAAAGAUCAGCAAACUGGGUCGUUCCUUCACUAGAGCCAGAGACUAUGAUGCCAUGGGAGCUCAGACCCAGUUCGUGCAGUGUCCAGAGGGAGAGCUGCAAAAGAGGAAGGAGGUGGUCCACACUGUAUCACUGCACGAGAUCGACGUCAUCAACAGCCGCACACAGGGCUUCCUGGCCUUAUUCUCUGGAGACACCGGAGAGAUCAAGUCUGAAGUCCGAGAGCAGAUUAACGCUAAAGUGUGCGAGUGGAGAGAGGAGGGCAAGGCAGAGAUCAUCCCAGGGGUGUUAUUUAUAGAUGAGGUCCACAUGCUGGACAUGGAGUGCUUCUCCUUCCUGAACCGAGCCCUGGAGAGUGACCUGUCCCCAGUCCUCAUCAUGGCCACAAACAGAGGCAUCACUCGCAUCCGCGGUACAAACUACAAGAGUCCUCACGGCAUCCCCAUCGACCUGCUCGACCGCCUGCUCAUCAUUGCCACCUCUCCGUACACAGAGAAAGAGACGAGGCAGAUCCUCAAGAUCAGGUGUGAGGAGGAAGAUGUAGAGCUCAGCGAGGAGGCUCACACCGUCCUGACUCGCAUUGGCAUGGAGACGUCGCUUCGCUAUGCCAUCCAACUGAUCAGCACAGCUGGGCUGGUUUGUCGCAAACGCAAGGGGACAGAGGUUCAGGUGGAGGACAUAAAGAGGGUUUACUCUCUCUUCCUGGAUGAGGCCAGAUCCUCUCAGUACAUGAAGGAGUAUCAGGAUUCCUUCCUCUUCAAUGAAACACAAACAGCUCAGAUGGACACCUCAUAAUGAAGAAGACCUCCUCUGUUUGUUACUGUUUGAACCGAAUUUCACUCACUUUUAAUUUGCCGCUGAAUUACCUCUAAAAUUUGAAAUAAUAGGGUCUGAUUUUUUUUACAUUUUCUCUAUGCUCACAUUAUUUAAAUUCAAAUUUAUAAAUGAAAUUUGACCUAGUCCUGAAUUUACCACAAGUUUCUGUUCAACUUUGAGGCCUUGUGGCAGGAAUAUCUAUUCCUUUAGUGUUUUCUCUGUUUUUUUUCUUGUUGACUUAUCUUUAUGACAUGGUUUAUUUUUUAUGGAAAUAAAUAAACAAACUUUUUGAAACACA